AUGAAUGUCGAGAAUACUGGACCUUCUACUGAUCUUGUCAAAACAUCUGAUGCUUCAACGAAAGUUUCUACACCAGAGCAGAUAGUACUUACCCCACCUCCGGUGUCAAAUUUCAAAACUUUUCAAGAUCAUGGUACUUCUAAUAUGUUUAUUUCAUCUACCCACGAUACUUCCACAAUUGAAACCUCUCUUUCUUUACCUUCAUUAGUUUCUACUACUCCUAUUGUUACCCACUCACCCACAUUUGACAACAUUCUCAAUCAACACAUUACAUCUUUGUUUUCAUCCCAAUACACUGAUCCACCUAUCACUAAUGAAGAAGAGGAAGCUCAUAAUGAUGAUGAAAAUGAGUUUGAUGGUACUUUGGCAAAUAUCGAGUUUGAUUCGGAAGAGGAAAACAUUUUGGAUAACAUGUUACUUACUGGGAAGCAAUUUAAAAUCCUUAACAGAAAGCUUAAUUCACUUUUGCAAAUUCAAGUUGAUGGUGGGGAUAAACAUUUUGUGUCCAGUCUCGAAGUUGAUAUUCUGCUAAAGGGUCGAGAAAACAGACUUCAUGAAGCUAUUUCUAGUGUUGAUCGAAAUAAAGAAAAACAGGUGAAGGAAUAG